AUGACCCCUAGGCACAAGCCUUAUUCUUCCUCUUUGGCUGCCCUUAUUGAAGGCACUCAACGGCCUUUUUUGUUCCUCGUAACAGAUUUCAACUACGGCACUGACCAAUAUGAUGCUGAGGGGAAUGAGGAGCAAAAGAGCUCCCGCGAGGGCUCGGAGACCAUGCCCUACAUCGAUGAAUCUCCCACCAUGUCUCCACAGCUCAGUGCCAGGAGCCAAGACAGUGUCGAUGGGGUCUCUCCCACUCCAACUGAGGGAUUACUUCCAGAGGUAUUCACUCAGAUAUAUAUGGACUGGUAA